AUGGCGACCUACGACGAGAAAAACUACUACGAGAAGGACAUCUCUUCCGCCGUCGAGCCUACGGCCGUCGAGCCCGUUGGAGUUGGUCGCGUGACUGGCUUCAAGAGACGUCUACCGCGCUUCACCCUUGCCGUCCGUCAUGAGGAGAGCAGCUUUGCGCCCACGGCGAGCGCCUCCAACGCUGACUUUGACCCGAUUCCACCAUCAAAGCGCACAUGGAAUUGGGGCGCAUAUGUCGCCUACUGGAUGGCCGACGCCUGGGCUGUGUCGAACUGGGAAGUUGCUUCUUCUAUGAUCGCCGUCGGUCUCAGCUGGAAAAUGGCAAUUGGCGCCUGUGUGCUGGGUAACACCAUCAUGGGUCUCGUCAUUACCGUCAAUGGUAGAAUGGGUGCCAUUCUUCACACACCGUUUCCUGUGCUCUCACGUAUGCCGUUUGGCUACUACUUCAGCUACUUUGUCGUCCUGUCCCGUUGCGUCCUCGCCAUUGUUUGGCUCGGUGUCCAAACCACGACUGGUGGUCAAUGUAUGGAAGUGCUCCUCACAGCCAUCUGGCCUAGCUUUGCCCGGAUACCCAAUCACAUACCCGCUGAUGAAGGUAUCACUACGGCGGGGAUGGUGGCCUUUUUGCUCUACUUCUUACUUCAACUUCCCUUCCUGUGCAUCCCUUACACGAAGGUCCAAUACUUCUUUGCAUUCAAGAGUAUUAUCGCCCCCAUCAUCUUUUUGGCUAUUUUCGGCGAUACGCUGCACAAGGCCGGCGGCACCAUCAGUAAUAGCACGGUCAUUACCCAAGGCACCACUAUCAGCGGUUCGACUCUUGCCUGGGCCUUCUUCGGCAACCUCAAUGGAGUCUUGGGCAACUACGCCACCUUGGGUUUGAACAUUGCCGACUUUUCGAGAUACGCCAACAAACCCAGCGCACAGAACGUGCAAGCGCUGGUCAUUCCCGCCAUCUUCACUGUCGUUGGUCUGCUUGGCAUCUUCACUGCCGCUGCUGCUCAGAGUGCCUAUGGCGAAAUCAUUUGGAACCCCAUUGAAAUCCUCCACCUCUGGAUGGAGUCUGGUUCUCACCGUGGCCGCGCUGCUGCCGCAUUUGGCGCCAUCGGCCUGAUCAUCGUCACCCUCGGUAUCAACAUCUCGGCCAACUCUAUCAGCGCAGCCAACGAUCUCAUGUCUUUCUGCCCCAAGUACAUCAACAUCCGCCGUGGUCAGCUUCUUGCUGCCGUCAUUGGAAGCUGGGCCUUUGUGCCGUGGAAAAUCCUCGCUUCGGCCGCCAAGUUCCUUGCUUUCCUGGGUGGCUACACCAUUUUCCUGGGUCCCAUGACAUCCAUUCUCAUGACUGACUACUUCAUCGUCCGUCGUGGAAAUGUGUCUGUGCCCGACAUGUACAACUUUCACGGCAUAUACCGCUACUCGCCCAAAUUCGCGACCAACUGGCGCGCGGUUGUCGCCUUCUUCAUCGGCUGCACUCCUCCACUUCCCGGUUUUGUCAACAACAUCGUUGUGGCAGGCCAUGGCACGACAAGCGUCUCUCUGGGCGGUCAACAUCUAUUUGCAAUUGGUUACGUCUACUCAUUUGUCGCCGCCGGCGUCUUCUACUGGGGCUUCAAUCGCUUCUGGCCACAUACCGAGUCCAUGCUGACCCAUCCCGAGACGGGCGAAGACAUCAUCGCAGCCAACGAUGCAAAGAAUCUUCAGGAGCGUCGCGCCAGCUGGUCUGAGCGAAGGCCGAGUGCCGUGACGAGGUUCUUCUCAGUGUAG